AUGCUUUUUCAAGCAUUAUUUUUAUUUAUUUGCCUCUUUAUCUCCAAUAGCAGCUCUGCUCCACACCCUUACAGCUCUGGCGCACUCACUCCAUCUACCAGUGGUGCCAAAUCGACCGAGAUUGCCGUUCGUGAUCUUUCCACGAAAGAUGUAAAUUGCUGGUAUGGUACUGUACCACCGCCUGCGAACUCGUGCACCUACGUAUAUGAGAUACUUCAAGAUAACAAAGGUUUCAACUUUUACGUCUGUGAUAGAAAACUCGAUGCCAAUGCAAAGAUCUUGGUCCAGCUUGGUUUAAAAUUCAACAUUGACACUAAAAUUGAUACUCGACAAACACCAUUAGUACACAACAUCUCAGUACGAAUAACCAAUGAUGCUAAGAGUAACUACCCUUCCUCCGUUUGGUACAAGACCUGGUUUCUUCUUCCAACUAUAACCUCGAAAGUGCCAGAUGGUCGAAUUAUUGGUUGGCAAUCAUUUGAUAAUUGUGAUACAAGUUCGGGAAACAGAUACGCAGGCGUAACAUUUUAUUAA